AUGUCACUACUCUCAACAUUUUCGUUAAACCAGACAUCCACCUUUACCACGACAGAUAAUGCUCUCGACAAUCUUACUAAUGGAAGUUAUUUUGACUAUGGAAGCGGUGACUUCAAACAUUAUUUUGACUAUGGAAGCGGUGACUUCAAAACAUAUUUUGUUGGACCGUCAACCGAUUUUCAUUGGCCAUAUUUCAAUUUAAAUGGCUAUGGUCACUGGGCCAUCGUUCUGGCUAUAGCCAUAAUAGGUACUAUUGGAAACAUCCUGCAGUUCAUCAUGAUGAGCGACUCCAAGUUGUCUUCACUCUCCUACAGCGUGUACCUGAAAUUCCUUGCUGUGUCUGAUUCCUUGGUCCUGGCCGAAAAUCUGUGGUCAAACACUCAGGAAGAAUUUCAUUUGCCGAAGUUUAGUAAUAUAAACGACGCUUUAUGCAAAAUUUUCGUCAUCUUCGGGUUUUUCACGAUGAUGCUGUCACCCUGGCUGGUGGUAGGACUUACUCUCGACAGAUUCGUAUGCGUCCGUUUCCCAUUAACGCGGGGAAGAUUCUGUACGAUGAAGAAAGCCAUUACCGUCUGUUCGAGUAUGAUUGCUGCAACCAUCGUGUUAUGCUUUCCAAGUUUGGUUCUAUCGAAUUUCAAAUAUAACAAAUGCCUACUAUCUGAUGAGUUCACUUACUAUUUCAUGUUCAUUCGGCUAGUAAUGUCGUCAUUGCUGCCCUGUAUUGUUAUCCUCACCCUCAAUAUCGUUAUAAUUGUCAGCAUCAAACGCAGCAACGCGUUUCGAAACACUUUCAUAAAGAACAGGGCAGAUUCAAUGAAAGACAAUUCAUCACGCCCUCUCGUGUUAAUUUCGGUACUGGCCUUUAUAACGCUGAUGCCAAUCGCGACGUCAAAUGCCAUCGCUGUCCCGCUGUCCAUAUUCCUGGAAACAGGACAGAAAGUUGCAGCAUUAUCUGCGACAUUGUGGCCAGCGUUCCACAUAGUCUACUUGCUCAAUUUCGCACAGAACUUUUUCAUCUUGAUGGUCAGUUCACAAACCUAUCGAGAGAUUAUGAAAAGAAAACUGAGGUGCUUCUGUGGAAGGAGGAAACAAACACGACAAAAUGCACCAGCAUCAGGAGCAGCAGCCGCACCACCACCACCACCACCACCUACUACUUGUUCCACAGACAAUACAGAUGAUAUUUCCUUGGCAGUGGUUACCUGUAAUACCACGCGUUCAGAAACAUCAGUUCCGUAG